CGUUUAUUUUUUUUUUUUUUUAAUAGCCUCGUGUAAUUGUUGAGUUGGAUAUUGCAGCAGUUAAUUCAUUUUUUGCAAUCACGUUGUGCACACACACACACAUACCGAUUUAUUUUACCGUUUUAUCAAUUGGUGUAUUGAUCUUGAAAAAUAUGUCGUUGGAAAUCAACGAAAAUGAUUUGAAUGAAGCUUUACGAGAAUUUUUACGUGAUGAUAUUGUUUAUUGGAAAGAAUCAAAUAUAUCUGAUGCAAAUAAAAUUCCGAUUCCCGGUGAACGUAAUACUUUGAUCACUAGUGCUUUACCGUAUGUGAAUAAUGUUCCACAUUUGGGUAAUAUAAUUGGCUGCACAUUAAGUGGUGAUGUAUUUGCUCGUUAUUGUCGAAUUCGUGGCGAUAAUGUUCUUUAUAUUUGUGGUACCGAUGAAUAUGGUACGGCCACCGAGAAUAAAGCACAGGAAGAGAAAUUAAGUCCGAGGGAAAUUUGUGAUAAAUAUCAUGCUUUACAUGAUGAAGUUUAUAAAUGGUUCAACAUUGAAUUUGAUCGUUUUGGCCGAACAUCUACGGAAUUACAAACACAAGUUGUUCAAGAUAUUUUCAAAAAAGUAUAUGCAAAUGGUUACAUCAUCAAAGAAGAAAUCGAACAAUUGUAUUGUGAACAAUGUAACAAAUUUCUAGCCGAUCGUUUUGUUGAAGGUGAAUGUCCAUUCUGUACAUAUGAAGAUGCACGUGGUGAUCAAUGUGAUAAAUGUGGAAAAUUAAUCAAUGCAGUUGAAUUGAAAAUGCCUCGCUGUAAAACAUGUUCAUCAUCUCCUGUUAUUAAAAGUUCACGUCAUUUAUUCAUUGAUUUGCCGAAAAUUCAACCAAAAUUGGAAAAAUGGAUUGAAGAAACGUUGAAAAAUGACAAUUAUUGGUCACAAACAGCUAAAGUAAUAACAAAUUCAUGGCUUAAAGAAGGUCUUAAACCACGAUGUAUUACAAGAGAUUUGAAAUGGGGUAUUCCUGUUCCACUAGAUGGUUAUACUGAUAAAGUUUUCUACGUAUGGUUCGAUGCACCAAUCGGUUACAUAUCAAUAACUGCCGCACUUUGUUCACAAUGGGAAAAAUGGUGGAAAGAUCCGGAAAAUGUUGAAUCAUAUAAUUUUCUUGCUAAAGACAACGUUACAUUUCAUGCAAUCAUAUUUCCCAGUACAUUAUUAGCCACACAUGAAAAAUGGUCAAUGGUAUCACAUAUUCCAGCAGUCGAAUAUCUUAAUUAUGAAGAUAGUAAAUUCUCCAAAAGUCGUGGUAUCGGUGUAUUUGGUGAUUCUGUUCGUGAAACAGGUAUUCCAUCCGAUAUAUGGAGAUUUUAUUUGCUUUACGUACGUCCAGAAAAUCAAGACACAACAUUUUGUUGGAAUGAUUUGAUGGCAAAAAAUAAUACCGAGCUAUUGAAUAAUCUCGGAAAUUUCCUAAAUAGAGUAUUGACAUUUUUAUUCAACAAUUUCGAUGCAACCAUCUGUCAAAUUAAAUUGUCGAAAACGGAUCAGGAAUUAUUGGUUCAAUUAAAUCGAGAAUUAUUAGCGUUUAUUGAUUCAAUGAAUAAAGUUCGAUUACGAGAUGGAAUCAAAAUCAUUUUGAAUAUUAGCCGUAUUGGUAAUCAAUAUAUUCAAUCGGAAAAACCAUGGACUUUGAUCAAAGAUUCAUCAACACGAGAUCGUGCUCACAGUGUUUUAAGUUUAGGCGCCAAUAUUUGUCUACUUUUGUCCAUUUUAAUGGAACCUUAUAUGCCGGACACAACUAGACAAUUACAAGAACAGAUUAAUUUCAAAUGUAAUCUAUUACCUAGUAAUCAUCGAUUUGUCUGUCUACUUAAAUCUGGUCAUAAAAUUAAAAAGCCAUCACCAUUAUUCAAAAAACUUGAACAAAAAGAAAUGGACUUAUUCCGAAAAAAAUUUGGCGGUUCCAUUGCCGACAAAGAAAAAGAAGCAACCGAUGUUAAAAUGGCCAAAUUGAUUGAAAGUUUAACAUUGAAAACCGAUAAAGAAAUCGAACAAAUGAUUGGUGAACAAGGUGAUAAAGUACGAAAAUUAAAAGCAGAUAAAGUGGACAAAAAAAUCAUCAAUGAUGAAGUUCAAAUUCUAUUGAAAUUGAAAUCAACAUUGGCUGAAAAAAAGUGAAUGGAUUACAAAAAUGGUAACGAUUUAUGAAUGAAUUAUAUAUUAAUUAAUUAUUCGGGUUAAAUUAUGUAAAAAAAAUUCAAAAAAAAAAAUUAUUAUCAAUUAUCAUGACGUAAUUCCCAUGCACAGACAAUGUAUGUAUUCAAUUUAUAGGUAUAUUUAUUUUUUUUUAUAUAUAAGGAUGACGUGUGCCUAUGGUGAAAAUAGUCAUUAUUGUUUAUUUAAUAUUAUUACCUGCAGAUGGCAUUGGAUGACAUUGGGAUAAAGAACGUUUCAUAUAAGCUA